AUGGCUACUGUCAUUACCAUCCAGCCUUCGUCAACGGCUGGCACGACUACCUCCUCGCCCUAUACCCAACCUCACCAUUCACCCGAUCUACGUCGUCGACCCCAGCCAACAACUUCCACACCCAACCUCUCCCCAUCGCCGAUCUCGGUCAACUCGACACUACCCCGAUCGCUGGGUCGGAAUGGAUCAAGUUGUGACGCUUGUCUCCGUAGAAAGAGUCGUUGCGCCAUGAACGAAUUGGUGAACAAGUGUUAUUCGUGUGACUUCCAUCGUCAAGAUUGUACCUUCACCUUAACGGCCGAAGCGGAAGCUCCAACCAAAAAGAGGAAGCUCUCGAACUCGGUACCAGACGUUGAAUCAGCUUCAGCUAAGCGACCGUCGACGGUUCAAUCAACACCUUCUGCUACAGAGGAAGUCCCUCGUCCGGGACAUAGUCACGCCAUGAUUCGCCCAGGCUUCUUUAACCAGACUACUCAACAUAUUGGUAUGACCACUGAGUUGGAGCCGGCACUAUUGGAGUUUCUGCCCCUAGACGAAUAUGACGAGUUCUCUGUCUCUUCAUCCCGAAUUCGGAGAUGUGCGGAUGAUUGUACAUUCAUGCGAGUGGUUAACACUGUUCCCGUUGGUGAUUCGCAGGCCGUCUCACUAGAUGCCAUUGAGAGCCUGGUUGCUCCGUAUGGCUCAACCUUGAUUGAAAAGUUCUUUGACCAUGUUCAUCCCUCCUUUCCUAUUCUGAUUGAAGAUGCAUUCCGUCAAUCAUACCGUGAACGUCGCCAAUUAUCACCUCUACUGCUUGCUGCUGUAUAUGUGUUGACAUUGAAGUUUGUGGAUGUCGGUGCUUCUUCGCAGAGAAGACCUGAUGCAGCUCGAUUGGAGAGCACAGCGUUAAAACUGCUCCUUGACUCAUUGCCUUUCCCCAGUAUCUCUACCAUUCAAGCUGGCUUGCUAUUGACUCAGAAGUCAACACUAGCAACGUCGUCUCUGAACGGUCAACUUGUGACUGCUGGUUUUGAGCUCGGUCUACAUCAGGACUGCUCAACCUGGCGGAUGAAGACGUGGGAGAAGGGUCUACGCAAACGUCUCGCAUGGGCUUUGUACAUGCAGGAUAAGUGGUCCGCACUGGUCCAUGGUCGCCCCUCGCAUAUCUUCGCCUUCAACUGGACUGUCAAGGAUCUCGUGGAGCAGGACUUCUCAGAUGCCUUCCUGUCCGGCACUGCCUCAGCACACGACGAAGCAGCUGUUGGCCACGGCCCUUUACUCUUCUGCCAUAUGGUAGCAUUGACAACCAUCUUGUCCGAUAUUCUCGACCGAUUCUACACCCUACAGGCCUCAGAGGACUUCAACGCCGCCGGGAACCAACGCACACGAAUCAUUCUGGAAAAAGCCAAGCCAGCCCAAAUCCGUCUAAAGGAAUGGUUUUCAUCCCUCCCAAACUCCUUGAAGAUGGAGUCCUCCAGCGGCGAGCUAGUCGAGACUAUCACAGAUGAGCAUGCGCGAAACGGAGCAUUGCAUCUCGCAUACUUCGCUACCGAAAUCACCUUGCACCGUUGCAUCGUCCGCUCCCUCGCUACAGACGGCACAGACUCCUACCUCGCUCAUAUCUGUCGCUCAGCAGCAAAGACUCGCCUCAUUUCCGCAAUGGACUUCGUCAACCGUCUCCGCCCCGCUCACCUGCGCUCUUUCUGGCCCGCUUCAGCACGAACUAAUUUCUCUCUUAUCGGAUCAUUCGGCAUGCUGCUGCGCAUCACUGCCCCCACUAACGAGGAAUCGGACUUCUACCGCGUCCGUCUAUGCGAGUACAGAUGGACACUCAGUGUCAGUCACAAGAACGCCGAGUUCAUGGGCUUUGCUCUCGAGAGUCUCGACAACGCAACGACACUUGACAAGCACGUCCCGGAGAAGCCGAGUAUCGAUGAGCUAAUCGCUUCAUCGAAACAAACCACCACUCGCUUCCCUAAUAUGCCUGGAUCCUAUGACGAGGCCAUGGGCGAUCCCGACGCUCUCGGCGGAACUGGCGCAUCGUCAUCUGUUAUCUCUGGUCUUGCUUCCCCAGCUACAUCGGUUAGUGACAUUGACGAUCAUGAUAUGUCCAUGCCACCUCUUUAA